UUGUCCUGGCUGCAUGUCAUCUGCCAGAGUUUGUUCAUCCGUGUUAUUUGUUUAUCGCUUUAAAAUUUACAAAUAUUACAAUGCUAUUGCUCAUUUUCAUUGUAGUUUUAGUUAUAAUUCUAUUUUGCUUUAUGGAUGCAGAUUUGACUUUAUUAUUUCACCAUUUGUUUUCCGCGAAGAAAGACUAUCAAAACCAAGUUGUAUGGAUUACUGGUGCUUCGAGCGGUAUUGGAGAGCAUUUAGCAUACACAUUUGCUGAAAACAAUGCCAAACUUGCUUUGUCUGGUGUUAAUCUGGAAAGAUUAAAUAAUGUGAAAGAAAUAUGCAUUGCUCUCUACAAGUGCAAGGAAGAAGAUAUUCUUCUUGUGCCUUUUUCAAUCGAUAACUUUGAUGAACAUGAGAGUAAUGUUAAAAAAGUUUUGGACCAUUUUGGCCAGAUUGAUAUCCUAGUCAACAAUGCUGGUGUUUCUCAGCGAGCUCAGUUUGAAGAGAUAGACAUAGACGUGGAUCAAAAGCUGUUCAACGUCAAUGUGUUUGGGACAGUUAACUUGACAAGGAAAGUUUUGAAGCAUUUCUUGGAAAGAGGUAGAGGGCAUGUUGUGGCUAUGAGCAGUCUUGCUGGAAGAAUAGGGGCUCCAUUUUCUUCUGCAUAUACUGGUUCCAAGCAUGCUUUACAUGGCUAUUUUGAGUGUCUUCGAACCGAAAUGUGCCAAAAGAAUAUUGAUGUUACUUUGGUUUGUCCCGGACCAGUUUUCUCUCGCCUCACAGAUAGAUGUGUUACUUCUAAGCUCGGAGAAGUUUAUGACCACACACAACAACCUACAGACAGGAAAAUGAAGACUGAACGCUGUAGUCGUUUAACCUUCACUGCAAUCUCGAACAAACUAGAUGAGUGUUGGAUUAGCCAGCAGCCUUUACUUACCCUUUUUUAUUGCUCACAGUAUAUACCUUCCAUUUACCGGACAUUAUUUUUGAAGAAAUUUUUUAAUGAAAAGGUGGCUAGCAAACUGCGGCAAGGACGGUAGAAGUUCAAUUUUUGAGAAAUUUUGUUUUAGGUGCAAGUAUUGUUAUGCGGGAAAAAUUCCAUUAUGAGAUAUGCUCUGUUGUAUGUGUUAAUUAAUGUUUAUAUUUUUCUACUUAUAUUUUAUAAUGUUACAUUUCUGGAACUAUUUUUGUAUGUUAAAUAAA